AUGGUGGCUCUUGUUUUCUCUUUUGCUCGAGGAAUGACUUUUCCCAUUUUCUCCAUAAUCUAUGGAAAAAUGUUCAAGACGCUAACUGCUGGUACGGAUGAUCAAAAACUACAUGGAGCAAUGAUGAAUGCGAUCUGGUUUACAAUUCUUGGACUUUCUACUGGCUGCAGUACGAUGAUCUCAGGUUUUUUGUUUGGAAGAUCCGGGGAAUCCUUCACAAGAAGACUCAGACUAUCUCUUUUUACAAACAUAGUCAAACAGGAUAGUGAAUACUUUGAUCAUGACGAUCACGCAUCAGGCAAAUUGACUACAAGACUUUCUACAGAUGCUCCUAAUAUAAGAGCGGCUAUCGACCAACGCCUCGCUGAUGUCGUUGGAGCGGUAUCCUCCAUGAUAGGGGGUAUAUCUAUUGCUUUUUCCUAUGGACCAAAAAUGGCACCGAUCGGAGUUCUGACUGCUGGGGCUUUGAUUAUAUUACAAACGCUCGUAGCUCAGUAUCUGAAGAUACGUGGUCAGAAAGACGCAGUAAAAGCAGAAGAGCCUUCAAGGUUGGCAGCCGAAGCGAUACAGCAGCAUAAAACUGUGCAAUAUCUUACUAAGGAGCAGUUCUUUGUAGACACGUUCAUUGCGCAAAUGAAGGGACCACACAAAAGAACAAUUUUCCGAGGUACAAGAUGCUUUUAUAAUUUUCUAAAGAAUUCGCAGAGUGUAUGUUAUAUAUCUGUUUCUUAGAC